UCAGUGAGCGUUACUGUUGUGUUUAGAGGUUCAUGUAUUUUGUACAACGGUACAAAGGAGCAAUGGGCGAUGUUUAUAGUAAAAUAUCUUAAAGACAAGCCCAAUGAUUUUGAAAGAAAUUAACAGUAACGGUGUGUUUAGUGCUCCAACAGGCUGUUUGGUUUCAUACCUAGCCAGUGCAAAUAAAAGGCACAACAAUACAGAAAAAUAUCUCAAGCUCAGGUCUCUACUCGAUUAUUAAAAAUUGAAUUUGAAACGAGUCAAUGCGUCAGAAUUUUAGUUGUGUACAUUAAAAUUGGUCCUUGGCGUAACUUAUCGGGAUUCAAGAGCAUUGAAUAUAUGAUAAGGAUAAUUUAUUAGUAAUAUACAGUAGUGAUUAUUAAUUUGGUUUUGUAAUGAAUUUAUAAAAUAUAGCUGGAUUUAUUUUGUGAGAAAAAAUUGUGUGGUGUAUAACCUAAUUUUUGAAUGGUACCAACACGAGGAACAUUGAAGAAUGUGUCAACAAAUAAAUUAUAGCAAAAUGGGGAUUAAGAUUUUGUUCGGAUACAAUACUGUAGGAGUUAAUAGUGAAACAAUGUUAUUUCUAAGUAGUUUGUGAUGUUAUGAAACAUUAGGUGUAAUAUUUGACAUUGUAUUAGUGAAUUGUUAUUUAACUAAUAAUAGUACUAAAUCUACCUAUUCAAAAUGUGGACUGUUCUGUUUAAAAAAAAUAAGAAGAUCUUAGAAAAGGUACUUGGAAGACACAUUGUGACUGGCGCCCCUUUCCGCCUAGAUCGUGCCCUUGUGUUGUCCAAAAUGACAAGAUAUGAAGUAGAGAAAUAUUGCCAUCCUCAUUUGACAGAGGCACAGUUAGAGAAGCUGAUUCGCAGUAGAGGUUCCAAUUUCGAGUCACUUAUAGAACAUCACCAGCGGCACAAGGACUAUGAGCGCUAUGUUAUUGAGACGUUUAAGAGUAAGGGGAUUCACACAAAACUGCAGAAUAGGUCGGAUUACUCAGACUCUUGGGUAGAAUCGUGCGAUGCUGUGUUCCCAGUUGGAGGAGAUGGCACAUUUCUGCUUGGGGCUAGCAGAGUACGACAAAACACAAAACCUGUUAUCGGCUUCAACUCUGAUCCUCACCAUUCCGAAGGUUUCCUCUGCCUCCCCAAGGAUUAUUCUAGCCGUAUCGAGGAUGUGCUACAGCAACUCCAAGAGGGAUCAUUCAGUUGGAUGUUCCGUACCAGGAUUCGAGUGACAUUGAGAUGUAAAUACAGUGAGCCGCCCAUAGAGUUGACAGACAAGAAGAUUCUUGGAACUCACAGGACCAAGCUGAAUACAGGUGCCAAGAACAUGUCGAGUGCAGCAUCACCUCACCCUUUGUGUCCUCCCCAGCCUGCCUUGGCGCUCAAUGAGGUGUUUGUUGGUGAGAGCCUGUCUGCACAAGUCUCAUAUAUGGAGAUGCGGCUAAAGCCUGGAGGAGAAAUAACUAAAGUUAAGAGCUCAGGUCUGUGUGUCAGCACUGGCACAGGAUCCACAUCUUGGCACCUCUCAAUGAAUCGCAUCACCAGCCACGGUGUGGAGGAGAUUCUGCGAUGUGCUGGUGUCCCCACCACUGACGCCAAUGCUGUUGCCGACAAGUACAAUAAGUCUCUACUGUUUGAUCCAGAGGACUUCCAUAUGUGUUAUACAAUACGGGACUUAAUUUCUGCUGGCGUGUGGCCGUCCCCUCCUGGUCUUGCACCCCGUGCCUUCGCCCAAGCAUUGUGGGUACGCUCACGCUGCCGUGAUGCUCGACUUGUCGUCGAUGGUGGAACUUCCUUCACGUUCAAUGAUGGUGCAGAAGCUCUGUUUGAGCUUUAUCCUGAAGAUGCUUUAAGGACUGUUGUUCUCUGAUCUUCCUUGAUUUUUAGUCAAUUAUUGGUAUACAUUUCAUUAUUUACAUAGUCUCACUACUUACAAUUUCUGUGUUUAUAAUUUUUUUUAAGCAAUGACAAACGAUGUUAAGUAGUGUGACUGGCAGUUGUUGAAAUAGUUACCUUUAUAAAUUGUACAUUAGUCAUCCACCUACAUUUAAAGCAAUAACGUAGGAAAAUCAUGUAAAAAAAAACUUUGUGUAUAUACUGAAAGUAUUAAUAUAAGAUUUUAUAAAAGAAUGUACAUAGAAAUAGAUUUUAUAACAUUUAGUGAAUUUUAAUUGUAAUUUGUCGGUUCCACUCUUUUUCAUUAUGUUUUCAUGUUUAUUCUGUAUAGAAAAUGUUUUCUAUUUUUCAAUCUUGGUUGCUGAUCUCUUCUGUGGUAACUGUUUCUAGAAUUCCUAUCAAUUACUUUCGAAAGUGAGUAAUAUAAAAGUAUUAGAAUAUGAAGUGACACUUGAUAUGUUAUAAUAGUAAGUGAUAACAUUUCCUUUUUUGAUAUAUUAUACAUGACUAUCUUAUAAGUUUAAUUUUAUUAAGUUUGGAGUUAUGCUACUAUGAAAAUAAAAUAAAAAUAAUUAUAAAUUGUUGUUUUUUAUGGACAGUAAACACUAAUAUUUUUAAUAAAAUCAAUAUUGAAACAAAGCAAUGUAAUUAAAUGGCCCAUUUGAUAUAAAAAAUUUAUAGCAACAAAUUUCUAAAUUUUUAAAGUAUACGAGGUGUGGAUUGAAAAUAACCGGACUGAGGCUGAAAACAAAUUUUACUUACAGAUAUUUACAAUUUAAUGUUUCCCCCUUCAAUGUACUCUCCUCUUCAACUUUUGCACCACUCCAUGCGGAUUUUCCACUGUGCCAACAGUGCUGCAGAUCAUUUUCCGUAACCCUGUUCAUUACACAUGUCACUUUUUCUUCUCAACAAUUUUAAAUCUCGUUCCUUUCAAAUCUGACUUGACUUCAGGGAACAAAAAUAAGUCACAGGGGGCCAAGUCGGGUGAGUAGGGUGGAUGAUCUAAGACGGGGUUUGUGUUUGGCCAUAACCGUCUUCACUGACAAAGCUUUGUCAGCUGAAGCAUUGUCCUGGUGGAGGAUCCUGCCUUGUUUUUCCAUAAAUCGUUCUGUUUUGCUCCGUAACCUAAAAAAGAAAUCGUUCGUCAGCUACAUUAGUUUUGGUGGUGAUGGAAAUGGAAGGUUAUCAAAAGGGUUAAUGAUUAUGAAACAAUAAUUUUUCUCCCAGGUAUAUUUUUUUAGUUUGUAUAUAAAAAAAAAUACAAAUAUAAUCGGGAAAAAUUAUCCUUUCAUAUUUUUAACUCUUUAAUACUUUCUUAUUUCCACCAAAGUUAACAAGGCUGAUGAUCAACCUUUUUUCUUAAGUGAAAUUCGUCUAUUGGUUUUCAAGACCAGAACUGUAAGGAUGCAACCAACUUUGUGUUUUUAUUUGAACUCUUUGUUUUUGUUUUAAACUUUUCCUCUAAGACUAGAUAAAUUUCCAAAAUAAACCCCCUCAGAUAUUAGGCAUAUCACUAUAUGGGCCCCAGUAAAAUUUAAACUUAUCAGAACCAGAAAGCAGAGCUCCUGUCCACUCCCCAUGGAGCAUCUAAUACUGCCACUGCUGGAUUAUUUUUGUGAAGUAAUAAGAAAAACCUUUUUUCUCACUAAACAUAACCAGUGGUGGCAGAACCUUAUUGGGAAACAAAGCUUUUGUACCAUUAGGAUUUUUGUUUAGGUCUUGUAAAAUUACUUUAGAUGUAUUAAUAAUCCUUCUUUGUUCUUGUAAUUAAACAGCUUUAUCAACUUUAAUAUCCGAGUAAAGAAAUAUUAACUAUUCUUGUUGUAUUAAAUAAAAAUCCCUCAAACAUAAUAUUAAAUCACAAGUUUCAACCUUGAUGGAGGAACCGACAUUUUUCCGGUGGAACCAAAUCCAGACUUCAAGAAUUAAAAUGUUGCUAGUAUUUAAUACAAAUAUUUUUAAAUGGAACAGUUCAUGUGUUAUGUUUUCUUCAAGCGCUCAAAAUGCUGCAAUACACAAAUGUAUAUAAUAAUGUAAAUUUGCUUUUAUGUUUAACAUUGCAGCUCAAAUGUGAUGAUUUUAGCUCUGUUGUACACUCCGUUUUCAUGAAAAAGACUAACAAACAUGUACAUGAGUCAGUUUAAACUGUAACUUUUAAAACUAUAUUAUUUGUUUCUCCAAAUGGAGUGUUCUUAUUGUUAUCAUCUUUAAGCAUUUAAUUUUAUGUACUUGUUUAGCAUUUGUACAUAUAACGUUAUUUUUCCCUACUCUUUAACUGAAAUUACCUCAUUACUAUAAAUGUAGUAUAUUUUUAAAUCAGGAAGAGUGAUUUCAUUUUAUACUUAAAGAAUUUUUAGCUCGUAAGAAUAGAAAGGUUUUGUUGAUUAAAAGAGGGAGAGAAAGUUAUGUUUUAACAUGAGAAAUCUGAGAAUGUAGGAAGAACAGGCUUGCCUUACCAAUAUUGACAGUUAUUCCUCUUUGUUUUGACUUAGAGACAUUAAAUUGAAUACAAAUACACAAUUGGAAUAUUUCGUGCUCACCAGGUACUUGUCAACCACAUAGAGAGGUGUUUAAUACGAUGUGUCCAAUAAUAUGGUGUCAAACUGCUUUUGACACCAUAACAAAAACACCAUAUUGCAAAAAAUUCUACUUGAUUCCAGAUGAUCAUUUUAACAAUAUAAAUAUAUUAACAUAGAAUACAGUUUCUGUUAAAAGUUUUUGUUUACUCUUAAAACAAAAAGAUGUCACUAUGUCAAGAAAAAGAAGAAUAACCCACAAUUUGCUAAAGGCAACUCUGCUCUUUCUACUAAAAUCUUGUUAAAACCAUGUGAGAAAAGAUAGUAUUAUUUAUUUAUGGUAUGUUUACAUUUUAUGUUUUAUUCAAUUGAACUGAUAGUUAAUACAAAUAGUCUUACUUAUCGGAGUAAUAUUGGUACAAGUAUCAAAUGUGAUAGAUAAGCUAGUCUUCAGAUACAAAUUAUUCUAUACAUUGCAUUUAAAACAUUGUUGUCUGACCAUGUUACAUGUAAAAAUAAUUGUUUGAAUUGCGCAGUUCUCUAAAUCUUCAGACAUGUUCUUAAAUAUUAUAUUAAAGUAUUAUUUUUGUCAUCCCUUUCUUUCUUCUUCAAACUGAUAUAUAAUACUUCAUUCCUUCCUAUUAUUGUUAGAAGUAAAAAUAUUUUUAAAUGCCAUUUUUAAGAAAGUCUUUUUGAAGCUAACUUUAUAAUCAGUAAAACUUCAUAACUUUACAUAGUUAUAAUUGUAUUUAAUUUUCACACAAAUUUAUACUAUAUUACAAGUACUUUUUACUGUAGGUUGAUUGAGAAAUGUGAGAAUAAGUAAGUAAAUGUGUAAAAUAAAAGUACUACAACCUAUAUAUGUUACAACACUGAAAAUUUAUUCAAAAUUCAAGUUUUCAAAGUUCUAUGAGCAGUAUUUAUACUUUAUAUAUUAUAUACUAUCUAUGUAACAAUGGAAUAUAAUAACUUUUAGUCGGCAAAAAAUAGCACCAGAACACUGUGUUGUUAUAGCUCUGACUGAAUUUUUUUGCAACUAACCAAUAGACCUUUUAUAUUAUGAACCUGGCAGCAUUUUUGAAAUCUUUGAACAGACAGCAAAAGAUGUGUUGCCUCAUGGACAAGCAUUAGCAGCAUAAUUGAAAAAUGGCAGCAUACUGUAGGCUCCAAUGUGUAUAAUGUAGAUCUAGAUUUAUAUUAGUUUCUUGUGUUUGUUCUCCUACAUACUUACAGCAUGUUUUGUAACUAACAGAUUUUUAUAGUAACAAAUAUGGUAGAUUUUCAGAAAAUUUAUAUCCAACUAAAAAUAUUUUUUCUUGAAAUCUUUCUAAUCACAGUUUUAAAUAUUGUAAUAUUUUAUUUCUGUUUAGAAUUUGCAGGAAUUGUAAACGGGUAUUGCAGUAUGUUGAUCAUUCCACUGUUAAUAACUGUAGACUCCAAUGUAUUAAAUGUAAUAUAUAGUACAUGUAAUAAUACAUUUGACAACUGAAGGGUGAUUUUUCAGAUGUAACACUCUGAUAUAACAAAAGCUCAAAAGGCAGAGUUUUCCUACACAUUCAUCUGAAAGUUCAUUCCAUUUAGUAAUAAUGUUCUUGUAAUGGUUGACCAUUGAAGCAGUACAAGUGAAAAAUGCCAAUCAGUAAUAUCUACAAAAGGCCAAUGUCAGAUUUUACCUGAACUGUGUAUAUUCUAAUGAUUUGCAGUUUUUAUUCACCUAAUGUUAUGUAAGGAAGAAAUAGCACUUUGUUUUAACUAAAUUUUUGUUAAUUGUUAUAAAAUAAAUUAUACAACUUGUAACAGAA